AAAUGUCGCCUGCAACGAUGUAUACCACCGCUUCCAUGAUCUUCAAGACCCUCGCGGAUGCGGGCAUAACGCACGCGUUUGUCAACUGGGGAAAUGAUCAUCCGGCAUUCUUAGAAGACCUCGAGAGGGGACGGGUCGAGAGCGGGAAGACUCCCAUCGAGAUCAUCACUUGCCCCCACGAAAUGGUCGCACUAAGUGCUGCGCAGGGUUAUGCUCAAGUCACAGGUAAACCGGCAGCUGUCAUAGUACACGUCGAUGUCGGAACACAGGGACUCGGGGGUGCCGUCCACAAUGUCGACAGGGGACAUACCCCCGUCAUUAUCAUUGCCGGUGCCGCACCUCAAUCUUCAGAUAGACGUCUGAAGGGUACCAAAAACGAAUGGCCGAUGUGGUACCAAGAUGUCCCGGAUCAGUCAUCGAUUGUGCGACAAUACAUGCGAUUCACCGCACAGAUACAAAGCGCAAAGAAUACUAGGCAGAUGGUUAUGCGUGCAUUGCAGAUCGCGACGAGCCAGCCGAAGGGUCCCGUAUACCUCUGGGCUCGGCGCGAGACUACCGAGGAAGAGGUCGAUGCAUCGAUCUUCAACGAGAAGCUCGAUAUUUCUAAGUGGCCAUCGGUGCAAGGUGGUGGACUCCCCAAUUCAGCGUUGAAGACAAUUGUAGAUGCGCUCCUUGUAGCCCAAUUCCCGCUCAUCAUCACUGCAAACUCUGGACGAAACCCAAAGACGGUUCCUCUCCUCUCGGAGCUAUCAAGCCUCCUGGCAAUCGGAGUAUACACGUCCUGUCCGAUGUCCGUGUGCAUUCCGUGGACGCACGAAAACUACAUCGGUUCGGCCUUUGGGGGAAAGAACGACCUACUCGAUCACGCCGAUCUCCUAAUCCUCCUAGAGGUCGACAUCCCAUGGGUCGAGGCCGCAGGAAACAAGCCUCGCGACGACGCACGUGUCUUCAUCAUCGACUCGGAUCCGCUCAAGACGAACCUGGGCUGGUCGCACGUCGACGCCGAGCUUCUGUGCAAGGCCGAUCCCGAGACCGCCCUUCAACAGCUCAUUUCAGCGCUCGACGUCCCAGAGGUCAAGAACUUGGUCGCGCCCAAAGUAGCAUCUCGCCGGGCGCGUCUGAGAGAGACUCGCUCUGCGUGGGUGGCGGCUCAAGAGUCGGCCGAGGCCGUCAAGUCCGUCACGGGAGAGCAUCCCGAUGUACCGUUCGUACUCGCGACCCUGCGAAACGCUGUCGCUACCCAAACGCCGAGCAAGGGUGAGAAGGUGCUUUGGGUCAACGAGGCUAUCAGCAGCUAUCCCCUCUGCUGGGCAUACCUGCGUCCCGAGCAGCCCGGAAGCAUGAUUGCGUCUGGGGCGACCAGCAUCGGCUAUGGCCUCGGAGCGAGCAUCGGGGCUUACCUUGGUGGGGUGGUUGCGAACAAGGACUAUGAACUGAUAGCGUAUGUUGUCGGCGAUGGAACAUUCCUCUUCGGAAUUCCUGCUAGUGCGUAUUGGAUCGCGAAGCGGUAUGACACGCCAUUCCUUACAGUGAUCCUCAACAAUGGCGGCUGGAAGUCCCCUAAGCUCUCUAUGCUUGGCGUAUACCCCAACGGCUUAGGAAGCGUUGCCUCGGGCAACCAGCUCACCGUUGGGUUUGGGCCCGAUAUGCCCGAUUUCUCUCAGGUUGCCGUCGCAGCGGGCGGUGCAUGGGGAAAGCGUGUAACCAAAGCCGAUGAGGUACAGGCUGCCCUGGAGGAAGCUAUCCGGGUCGUGUUGCAGGAGAAGAGAAGUGCAGUGGUGGAUGUCGUGUUAGAGGUCAUUUGAGCCAGGGCGCAUGAUCGAUAAUGGUUUUAUGAAUACGCGUCUGCUCUCCGUUGAAACCCAGAUAUCUCUCCAAUUGGAUGACCC